AUGGCCGAGGGCUCGGAGAAAGUACCCAUCGCCCGAGCGGGUCCCGAAGACGUGGAGCAGGGCCUGCCGCCCGCGUACACGGCAGCAGUGCCCCCUCCAGGGCCAGGGCGGCUACUGAAGGCAGGGGCCACAGUGCUCAUCGCUGGGGCCCUUCUGCUGCUGGCUGGGGCCAUCGGCGCCUUCUACUUCUGGAAAGCCACCGAGAGGCAGGUGUACAACGUUCACUACACCAUGAGCAUUAAUGGAAAAGUGCAAGACGGAUCGAUGGAAAUAGAUGCCGGAAAUAACUUAGAGACAUUCAAAACAGGAAGCGGGAGCGAAGAGGCUGUUGAAGUUCAUGAUUUCCAGAUUGGCAUCACCGGCAUCCGAUUUGCUGGAGGAGAGAAGUGUUACAUCAAGGCCCAGCCCAAAGCUCGCGUGCCUGAAGUGGAUGCCAUGACCAAGGCCAGCCUGUCCUCUGACCUGGAAGAUGAAAUCAUGCCUGUUAGAUUUGAUGAAAACUCUCUUAUCUGGGUGGCUGCAGACGAGCCCAUCAAGCACAACAGUUUCCUAAGCCCCAAAAUUUUAGAGCUUUGUGGGGAUCUUCCGAUUUUCUGGCUUCGACCUACGUAUCCCAAAGAUAAACAAAGAGAAAGGAGAGAAAUGAAGAGAAAUAGACGCCAGUCCGAGUCAAACUUCGGUGCAGAAAACAGAGCAGCUGCUGCUGAAGAAGUGAACACCAGGUCCACCCCCACCCAGCUGACUCAAGAGCUUGGCCCCCAGCCUAAUGAAACCAGGCCAAUGCAGCAAGAAAGCGAUCAAACGCUGAACCCAGACAACCCAUACAAUCAACUGGAAGGUGAAGGGAUGGCUUUUGACCCCAUGCUGGACCACCUAGGCGUGUGCUGCAUCGAGUGCAGGCGAAGUUACACGCAGUGUCAGAGGAUCUGUGAGCCUCUGCUGGGCUACUACCCGUGGCCAUACAACUACCAGGGCUGCCGCACCGCCUGCCGUAUCAUCAUGCCCUGCAGCUGGUGGGUCGCUCGCAUCAUGGGUGUUGUGUGAGAAAGCUUUGGGCUCCUGGAGGAAGCCAGCAGGAAUCUGACCACGCCAAACUGAUGAAAGACUACGAGCGAAGCAGCGUGGCCAAUCCUGGCUUCUAAAUCCAAACGCGUGUUACUGUGCUAAAAGUAAGGGCAGGUAUUCUAAGUGUAAAUAAACUCUUAAAUUAAGGUGU